AUUGGUUCAUUUUUUUUUGGUCAGUGUACAUUGAGUGGUUGAUUCAAAUAAAUAAUCCAUUGAUCAUGGCUUUUAAUUUGUCUUCCCCAGCUCAAGUGAAACCUUUAUUUUUCUCUGAUAUGAUCAACUCAGUUAACGCCUCCACAAAACUUCCAGGUAGCUUUGCAUUGAAGAGAAAAGAGGGUGACACAAAAGUACUAAAGAGAAGAAGAGUUUAUUGCUCUGCGAAUUCACCACAACCAGCUUGGCCAGGAACAGCUAUACCAGAACCUAGUGAUUUUAAAACAUGGGAUGGACCAAAACCUAUCUCUGUCUUAGGCUCAACUGGUUCAAUUGGAACUCAGACACUUAAUAUAGUGGCCGAGUUUCCAGAAAGAUUCAGAGUUGUGGGGCUUGCAGCUGGUUCAAAUGUUACUCUUCUUGCUGAUCAGAUAAGGACAUUUAAGCCUCAAUUAGUAGCUCUUAGAGAUGAAUCUAAAAUUGAUGAACUCAAAGAGGCUUUGGCUGAUUUAGACCACAAACCUGAAAUCAUCCCUGGAGAACAAGGUGUCAUUGAGGUGAAAAUCUUCACAUGUCUCAUAUCAUAUGUUUGGCUAAUGAAGCCAUUUUUGUUUUUUUUCUUUCUUUUUCUUUUCUUUCUUUCAAGUAAUAUUAAUCUUUUCUUUCAGGUUGCUCGUCAUCCGGAUGCAGCCACAGUUGUUACCGGAAUAGUCGGUUGUGCAGGUUUGAAGCCAACAGUUGCGGCAAUUGAAGCAGGGAAGGACAUAGCAUUGGCAAACAAAGAGACAAUGAUUGCCGGAGGCGCUUUCGUUCUUCCACUUGCUCACAAAAAUAAAAUCAAAAUUCUGCCUGCUGAUUCAGAACAUUCUGCCAUUUUUCAGUGUAUCCAAGGGUUGCCAAAGGGUGCACUUAGAAAAAUCCAGUUAACUGGUUCUGGAGGUGCUUUCAGAGAAUGGCCUAUUGAAAAAUUGAAAGAUAUUAAAGUAAAAGAUGCAUUAAAGCAUCCCAUUUGGACUUUGGGAAGAAAGAUAACUGUAGAUUCUGCUACCCUUUUCAAUAAGGGUUUAGAAGUAAUUGAAGCACAUUACUUGUUUGGUGCAGAAUAUGAUGAUAUUGAGAUUGUUAUUCAUCCACAAUCUAUCAUACAUUCAUUGGUUGAAACACAGGAUUCUUCUGUAAUUGCACAGUUGGGAUUACCUGAUAUGCGGUUGCCACUCCUUUAUACUUUGUCUUGGCCAGAAAGAGUCUAUUGUUCUGAAAUAACUUGGCCUCGCCUUGAUCUUACCAAGUAUGGUUCUCUAACAUUUCAAGCUCCAGACACUAAGAAGUUUCCAUCAGUGAAUCUUUGCUAUGCUGCCGGACGCGCCGGAGGCACUAUGACCGGAGUUAUUAGUGCUGCAAACGAGAUAGCUGUAGAAUUGUUUGUUGCAGAAAAGAUUAGCUAUCUAGAUAUUUUCAAGGUUGUGGAGCUAACAUGUAACGAACAUCAAAAAGACUUGGUAGUAGCUCCUUCACUUGAAGAUAUCCUUCACUAUGAUCAAUGGGCAAGACAAUAUGCUGCUGGUUUGCAAAAAGCUUUAAGUGUUUGAAUCCCAUAUUAUAGCUGUGGUUAAUUGUUUCCAAUCACUAGCCUAUUUUGUUGAUGUAUUUUUUUGGUGUUCAUAAAUUGUAUAAAAUGUAAAGGGUGGCAAUAUAUAAGUGUUAAAAAGAGUUUCAAAGAAAGCUCUUUAAGUAUGGUAUCAUCAUAUUUUGAGAUGAUAAUGUCAUCCAACAUGUAGAGCUCUAACUCGAAGUUAUGUUAUAAAUUUCCCUUGAGAAGA